UGUGGUUUAAGUCCCUUGAUCAUGUGCCCUGAGUUGGUGGUGGCUGUGGAUGACGGAGACACUCAGACUCUGGCAGGUGCAUCUUCAGCUGCCCUCACACUUUGGGCUCCUCGGGGAGGAGGGGCUGGAGCCCUGGCCCACCGUUAGCACAAUGAUCCUCAGGCUGCUUCUGGCUCUCAACUUCUUCCCCUCAAUUCAAGUAACAGAAAACAAGAUUUUGGUGAAGCAGUUGCCCAGGCUUGUGGUGUACAACAAUGAGGUCAACCUUAGCUGCAAGUAUACUCACAACCUCUUCUCAAAGGAGUUCCGGGCAUCCCUUUAUAAGGGAGUAGAUAGUGCUGUGGAAGUCUGCGUUGUGAAUGGAAAUUACUCCCAUCAGCCUCAGUUCUACUCAAGUACAGGAUUCGACUGUGAUGGGAAAUUGGGCAAUGAAACAGUGACAUUCUACCUCCGAAAUUUGUUUGUUAACCAAACGGAUAUUUACUUCUGCAAAAUUGAAGUCAUGUAUCCACCUCCUUACAUAGACAAUGAGAAGAGCAAUGGGACCAUUAUCCACGUGAAAGAGAAACAUCUUUGUCCAGCUCAGCUGUCUCCUGAAUCUUCCAAGCCAUUUUGGGCACUGGUGGUGGUUGGUGGAAUCCUAGGUUUCUAUAGCUUGUUAGCAACAUUGGCCCUUUGUGCUUGCUGGAUGAAGACCAAGAGGAGUAGGAUCCUUCAGAGUGACUAUAUGAACAUGACCCCCCGGAGGCCAGGGCCCACCCGAAGGCACUACCAACCCUACGCCCCAGCACGCGACUUUGCGGCAUACCGUUCCUGACAUGGACGCCUAUCCAGAUGCAAGCCGGCUGGCAGCGCUUCACCUGCUCAACACAACUGCUCUGGAUAGGAAAAAACUGCCUCGUCUUCAGCCGGCCACCAGCUCCCAUUAGGGGCUCCUAUUAGGCCAACGAUGCCAAUGUUUCUUGAAUGACUAGACCAAAUAACAUUAUUUUGAGGCUCUGAUAUGAAGUUAAAGAAUAUUGCUGUGGCAGGCUCUAUCUUGUAGUGCCAUGACCCAAAUUUCAACUUACCAUGUAUUUAUUGACUUGAUCAAGAGGUUACAGUAGAGAACAAAAAGCCAGUGGAUUCUGUUAGCCUUGAAAUCUGUUUUCCAUUUCACUUCUCUUUCAUCUCACUCACCUGAACACUGUGGCCAAGUGGAGUGUGAUAUGGAAGGACUUUUUAGAUGGAGAAGAAAGGUUACAAAACCAUUCCUUUUGGUUAAAGGCGGGUUUAGGUAAGGGUGGGGGAGGGGGGAGACUUCAUAUUUUUAAAAUCAUUAAAACACUGUCUCUCAUUCAUGAAAUGAGCCACUAGUUCCUAUUUAAUACUUUUGGUUAAGAAAGAUAUAGACAUUGUUUUUUUUUUUUUUUUUUUUUUUUUUUAAUUCUGGUCAUAUUUAGUCCUUUGGACCAGUGGACUACCUUCAAAGCAAUUUGAAGCAGUCUUGCUCUUCUUACUCCCUGCAAUGGGAAUUCAAUGUAGUACUGACCAUAUGAUUUGAAAAGAAUAAAGUAGUCCCCCCAAACCACAGAAGAAUGUGUCAGGAAAUGAAACCACCUGAUGUCAAAAUUAUUUGAAUACUAUGAAGUGUUAUUUCUUUAGCAGAUCAUUUCAGUCACAUCAUAGAGGGGGCUUUUCUGUUCCAUAUAUUUCAGAUUUUCUGGGUUGGUCUCUUUGUUAUCUGUGCAGAAAUCUAAAGUGGGAUGCUGAAAGCGUAUCCAGAGCAGCAAUGAUACUGUGAAAAAGGGGUGUUAGUACUCCUUAGGGUAUAUGGAGGAUGAGUCCCAAGAUGCUUCUUCUAAAGGAGGAGAAUAGAAGGGAAUGAUGGGACUCUUGCCAGUGUGCUCAGGGAGUGGCUGGCAUCUGGUGGAAGAUUUCCAGAAGACAACAGGCAAAAGGAAAUGUGGCAAGAACUCCUUUACAGAGACUUUAUGUGCUUUAGGGCUCUGUGCUCCAGAACUCUGUGGGUUCAGCUGUGUGUUUACCCUGGAGGUCCAAUGACAUGGAAAAGUAUUUUGGAGUAUGUCUUUUGAGUCCACAUCAAAGUUCUCAAGAUACUCAACAAAGCCUGACCCUGUAAAGCCUGACCUUGUAAUGAGCACAGAUAUUUUUCUGCCUCCGGUUUGGGUCAAAUGGAGUAUGCCUGGGGACCUUGAAGAAGAGCUUUACUGCUGCCUUUACAAUUUGUUCAGUGCCUUGAUUUAUUCAGAUGUUAGAGGAAUCUAGGUUGUAGAAGCAGAUGAAAUAGAUCUUGUCCAAGUCCCAUUACUAGUUGGCCUCAGGCAAGUUGCUGACUUUCUAAGACUCUGGCUUUUCAACUAUAAAAUGGAGGUAAUGAUCAUAAUCUACUGGACCAGUGAUGUACUGCUCUGUCCCUAUACUAUAAUCUCCAUCAGGGCAUGGCCCAAAUUUGUCCUUUUUUCAUGCUUGUCCCUGAUGCUUAGUACCAUACCUGACAAAUAAUGUUAGCUAUUAUUAUUAUUGCCAUAUAAAUUAUGUAUAAAGAUUAAACUGGGAAAUGCCCCGAGAAGGGGAAGAAUAUUGUAACACAAAUUUAAACCCACUACCCAGGGAUAAGGUGCUAUAAAAUUUGAGAAUCUCUUAACUUCUGCCAUUUUCCUGUUUUGGAAUAUUUUAGCUUGUAAUGAAAUGUACAGCAUUCUGCCCCCCACUUUUAUGUAUAGAAAGAAGUCUUCUUUAAUUUUUUUUUUGUGUGUGUGUGAUGUGGGGAGGGAUAGGAAUCCUAUGAUUCCAGACAGAAAAUAUUGUACUUCAGUUGACUUU